GCAAGCGAACCCCCCGAGGCUCCACUCUCUCUCUCUCUCUCUCUCUCUCUCUCUCGCUCGCUCUUCCUCACCCCUUCUCUCUCUCCCUCUCUCUAUAUAAAACCCUCCAAUGGAUAGCCGCCACUAAACCCCAAGCUCGGAUCCUCUCCACCACGCCUCUCUCCGCCGCCGCCGCCGCCGCCAUCUUCGCCGCCGUCGCCGCCUCCGGAGAAGAGGGAGAGAGGCUCGGGGGAUGGAGGAGGCCGCGCUCUGAUCCAGCUUCGCACGAGAUCCGAUACCCUCAUUCGCCCCGGCCGGCGAAGACGACGGAGACGAUUUUGGUGAGGAUCGCGGCACCUAGGGUUUAGUUUAGUUUUAGAGGGGGGAGGGAGCGGGGCGGGGGGGAUUCGUCUAGGGUUUUUUUUAUCGUUUUGUGAUGGCGUCGGAGGAUGUGGUGGGGAAGAGGACGGGGGAGUCGGCGGUGAACACGAUCGUGAACCUGGCGGAGGAGGCGAAGCUCGCGAGGGAGGGCGUGAAGGCCCCCGGCCACGCCGUCCUCAGCAUCUGCAAGUCCCUCGUCGCCGGCGGCGUCGCCGGUGGAGUAUCGCGUACUGCUGUUGCUCCUCUUGAACGGUUGAAAAUCUUGCUCCAGGUCCAAAAUCCUCACAGUAUCAAGUACAAUGGAACAAUUCAAGGUCUUAAGUACAUUUGGAGAACCGAGGGAUUUCGUGGACUUUUCAAGGGCAAUGGCACUAACUGUUUACGAAUUGUCCCCAAUUCGGCUGUCAAGUUCUUUAGCUAUGAACAAGCAUCCAGUGCAAUUUUGUGGCUUUAUCGGCAGCAGCCUGGCAAAGAAGAUGCUGAGCUCACUCCAGUGCUGCGCCUUGGAGCUGGAGCCUGUGCUGGAAUCAUAGCUAUGUCUGCUACAUAUCCCAUGGACAUGGUUCGAGGAAGGAUCACCGUCCAGACUGAGAAGUCGCCUUACCAGUAUCGAGGAAUGCUUCAUGCUUUAGGCAUGAUCUACCGUGAAGAAGGCUUUCGUGCCCUGUACAGAGGCUGGCUUCCAUCAGUUAUAGGAGUUAUCCCAUAUGUUGGCUUAAACUUUGCUGUCUAUGAGUCGUUAAAAGACUGGCUAAUCAAGACCAAGCCAUUUGGUAUUGCUGAGAACUCAGAGCUGAGUGUGGUGACGAGGCUCGCCUGCGGUGCUGCCGCAGGUACUGUGGGUCAGACUGUUGCGUACCCUCUCGAUGUAAUCCGGAGGAGAAUGCAGAUGGUGGGUUGGAAGGAUGCUGCUUCCAUUGUGACGGCCGAAGGGAGGAGUAAAGAGUUACUGGAAUAUACUGGGAUGAUUGAUGCCUUCAGGAAAACCGUGCGUCAUGAGGGCUUCAGAGCAUUAUACAAAGGCCUCAUCCCCAACUCAGUGAAGGUGGUGCCGUCCAUUGCGAUUGCUUUCGUGACGUACGAGGCCGUGAAAGACAUUCUUGGAGUCGAAAUGAGAAUAUCGGACUGAAGUGCAAGGGUUACAAAUUCAACUGUAAUUUUUGCAAGUGGGGGCAGCCAUCAAGUGUUGUUUUCUAGGCGAACAGUUAGUUACCUAAGCUAGGAAAAAUAUGUCCGAGUAUAAAGGCCUCUCUGGCCAGUGUUGAUAUAUUUAUCCAGUACUUAUUUUGCAGCUCGAGAUCUUGAUUAACACCUCAAUGUUGUGGAAAUAAUAAUGUAGUUGCAGGAGCUUUUUGUAAUUUCGUUGGUAAUUUUAAUAAAUUAUUUCCUACGACACAUUUAUUUA